AAAAUCGAUUUCUGAUUCUCCUAGCGUUUCUCUCUUGCUAAACUCUGUGUAGGCGGAACUCAAGAACCAAGAGCCUCUUCCAAAUCUGAGUUACUUUUAAUCGCCUUGAACCAUGUCGUCAAAGAGAAAGACUAAAGAGCCAAAGGUUGAUGUUGUGACUCUUGGACCAAGUGUUGGUGAGGGAGAGCAAGUUUUCGGUGUUGUCCACAUCUUUGCUUCGUUCAACGACACUUUCAUUCAUGUUACUGAUUUGUCUGGUCGUGAAACACUUGUCCGUAUCACUGGUGGAAUGAAGGUGAAAGCUGACAGGGAUGAGUCCUCACCUUAUGCAGCUAUGCUUGCUGCACAGGAUGUUGCUCAGCGAUGCAAGGAACUUGGAAUCACUGCCAUGCAUGUGAAGCUUCGUGCCACAGGUGGAAACAAGACCAAGACACCUGGUCCUGGAGCUCAGUCUGCCCUUAGAGCCCUUGCUCGUUCUGGCAUGAAAAUAGGACGUAUUGAGGACGUUACCCCCAUCCCAACAGACAGUACCCGCCGAAAGGGUGGUAGAAGAGGAAGAAGGCUCUGAGUUUUCCGCCUUAUGGGAUAUGUCUUUUAUUUAGCUCCAUGUGUUUCAUUUUGUCAGAACAAUUUUAUUUUGGAGUUUGUUAGAUUGUGGAAGAGUUUUGGAGUUGAAUACUUUUUGUUAAUUUAAAGUUUAAGCAACAUUUUUCAACUAUGA